AUGGCACCAGUCGUAUAUCUUGUCUCCGGAGCCAACCGCGGCCUCGGUUUUGGCAUCGUCGCUGCCUUGGUGGCUCGGGAUAACGUCGUGGUUUUUGCCGGCGUGCGCAAUCCAUCGUCUGCGGACGCGCUCACGAACCUAGGAGCAAAACAUCCGGGGAAGCUGCACAUCGUGCAGCUUACAUCCGCUGACAAGGCGGACAACGAACGCGCUGUUGCUGAGAUCACGGCCAAGGUCGGACGCCUCGACGCGGUCAUCGCCAACGCCGGCAUCUUGAGCUGGGUCGGACCGAGCGUUGAAGCGCCCGUGAACGAAGUUGCGCGUCAUUUUGAGGUCAACGCCAUAGGCCCUCUGGUGCUGUUCCAGGCAACGUUCCCGCUCUUGAAAGCCAGCACCGCCAGUCCGAAGUUCGCCAUCAUAUCCUCCCUGGGCGGAAGCAUAACCGUAGGAACGGAGAUCCCGUUCGGCUUCCUACCAUAUGGAAUGUCGAAAGCCGCGGUGAACUAUGUCGCCAAGAAGCUGCACGUCGAAUACGCCAACGACGGUCUAGUCUCGUUCUCUAUCGAACCCGGUCCGACGAUGACGGACAUGCUAACAGCCCUCGAUGGCGGUUCAUUCGUUCCGCCUGAUAUUCUGCCUCCCGAUGAAGUGGGACGAAGGAUCGCCAAGCUUGUCGAGGAAGCGACGCGUGAGAACGCGAGUGGGCAGUUCAUAGAGCAUACCGGUAAGAAGAUCGAGUGGUGAAUAUUGUGUAGAGUUAUUGAGCAAUGUGGCGAAACUGUACGAG